CCCAACUCAGGCUCUCGUCAGCCGCCACUCUUUCCUCCCCUUUGAAACCCUUCCUUGCUUCUUACCUCCCACAUCCCCAUCUCCUCCCACCAUGUUCUAACAUCCUCUUCUCUCGUAAAUGUUUGUGUUGCGCUAUCAUCUUGACGGGGUGUUGUGUUAACACCCCUCGCUCUUACCCCGGAAUCAAAAUCUGGAUUCUGGUGGUAUCCGAUCGUUCGAACUCUUAAUCAAUCAAUCACCUCUCCAACCACUUUCCACCCCGACCCCGAGCUGGCUUGAGAUACCAUCACACUACCUUCUCCAUCGCUCGGCAUACCCGACUCUGAACUCGACCAUCGUCUCGAUCCCGAACGCGUCGAUCUUUUCACCACACGCUCAUGUUUAUCGCCACCUGGAUCUUCGCCUAGUUGUAUACCCAAAAGACGCGACAUGGAUGAGCACGACCAGGACGAUGGUGGGCAGGGUCCCUCCAGCAACGACUCCUUUGCCCAGUUCUCCUUUGCUCCCGCGACUCGGACCACCGUGGUGACAACGACCACCACUACAACCACGUCCUUUCCACCUCUCCUCAUCAAACCCCCGCGCGCCACAAAGGACCUAGAUACGAGACUAUACCCCUUGGCCUCUACACCAACCCCAGCGAACUUGAGAAACCUUCGGUUUAGACUUGGGGAUCAGUCGAUCGUCUUCAACGAACCCAACGAUACUACAGCGGCUUUCACCGAGCUGAACGAGAAGAACGAUGCUCUAAAAUCUUCCAAUGGGCUGAUUCGCUCUGUGAACUCGUUUUCCACCGAGGAUGAUAGUGCCACCCGACGACUGACAGCCCCAAGAACUGUCGAUCGGACCAAUAAUCCCAAUCCUCCACACAGACCCGUCUCCCCCGUCUCUAUUUCGGAUCCUCGUCCCGCUAUUCUUCCCCGGACUCGUGCAUAUCGAGUGCCAUCCGAGCCUGUAGCACGACGCACCCGCCACUAUGCCUCGACUUCGACCCAUCUCUCUCCUGCCGGUCUCGCUACUCCGGAAACCGAGCAUAACAUCGGGAGUCUGGGCGACGGUCUGGCCCCAAAGCAAAGGGUUCAAAGUGCAAAUUUCCCUCGCAGGGAGACCCUGUUACGCUCACCGCUGUCCGCCGAAGUUGGUUCAUCCGACGCUGGUGCUCAGAAACUUUUGGAGAACCUGGCUCAAAACCGGGAGCUGCAACCUACCAAACCGGACGCAACCGCGGCGGUCACAUCGGACCCAAGCUCCUUCACCCAGACAGUAUCAUUUGCUUCAACUGAAAGUUCGUCACAACGGAUGCCUGACUUGACUGCUCAGCUCUCGGCUAUUGACAAUGCAAUGGCGCAAGACAUGUGCCUGCCCAGUCCCAGUCUGUCCCCAGUGGCCGCUAUGAAUGCGCUGCAUGGCGAGUCCUCUUUCGACUUCGAGGGGCCGGAUAUUGAUACGGAUUCUAGCUUGGAUCACAAUGUUCCACGAUACUCGAAAACUGUGCGCCUUCUUGAUACGGAUGUCUCUCGGCCCAAGAGUCUCGCGACUACUUACACGUCACGAUCUCCGCCAUCUUUGAUGGAUAUGCCCAAGGUGCUAGAAUUUUUUGACUCUGUGCCGGACGAACUGAAAUCGUAUCUCAUGUACCAAUUCUUGAGACGAUGCCCUAAACCCACCCUACAUUUUGUGGCCGAUGUCGUGAACCCGACAUUGAAGUGUGAUUUCUUGACAAUGCUCCCUCUUGAGCUGAGUCUAAAUAUCGUCAAAUACUUCGAUGUUCAAACUAUGUGUCGCGCGUCACAGGUCUCGAAGAAAUGGCGCCACAUCGUCAGCUCUGAUGAGAAGACAUGGAAGGACCUGCUUGAUCGCGAUGGUUACGCUCUAUCCGAAGGAGAACUCGAACGAGCCAUUCGAGAAGGUUGGGGCUGGCAGUGCAGCACCACGGAUGAUUUUGAGAGAGACCUCAGCAAACAGUUUUCUUCUCGCGCUGACGGAGAGUCUUCACCCAUUGCUUCCUCUUCCCACGCUCACGAGAGAGCACCUUUAACAUCUUUGACUCCGAACAGACGGCCCAAGCGAAAGGCAAACACUCGCGCUUCGAGUCGCAAGCUAGCGAAGCGCAAGAUCUCUUCCAGUGGCACCGACUAUUCCGAGCCAGAUUGGAAGAGGGACAUUGCUGCAUCGGAGGCUCCAUAUGCCGCUGCCAACGCUGCGGCUGCCGCCGUUCCUUAUCCCAAUGUCGGUAUGCCCACCCUUCGCGGGCUUUAUCUUUACAAGGCUCUCUAUCGCCGGCAUCAUGCCAUCCGCCGGGGCUGGAUGAAACCUGAAGUCAAGCCUCAACACCUUGCCUUCCGUGCUCAUGACCGCCACGUUGUCACUUGCCUGCAAUUUGAUACGGACAAGAUUUUGACUGGAAGUGAUGACACGAAUAUCAACGUUUACGACACCAAGACUGGUGCUCUGAAAGCUACUCUGGAGGGCCAUGAAGGCGGUGUCUGGGCUCUCGAGUAUUACGGAAACACGCUUGUGUCCGGUUCUACGGAUCGAUCCGUCCGUGUUUGGGACAUUGAGCGUGCUAGGUGUACCCAGGUCUUCAAUGGCCACACGUCUACUGUGCGCUGCUUGCAGAUCGUCUUACCCACAGAGGUGGGUAAGGAUGCUAAUGGUCGUCCGGAGAUCAUGCCCAAGGUCCCCCUCAUCAUCACUGGAUCUCGUGAUUCGAACCUGCGCGUGUGGAAGCUUCCGAAACCGGGCGAUCCCUCAUAUUAUCCUAACGGACCUCUGGCGGAUGAUACUGACUGUCCCUACUUUGUGCGCGUAUUGUCGGGGCAUAGCCACUCUGUCCGUGCAAUUGCAGCCCACGGCGACACUCUCGUUAGUGGAAGUUACGAUUGCACGGUCAGGGUUUGGAAGAUCUCCACUGGUCAGGUUCUUCACACCCUUCAAGGCCACUCCUUGAAAGUUUAUAGUGUUGUGUUGGACCACAAGCGUAACCGUUGCAUCAGCGGCGCAAUGGACCACAUGGUCAAGGUCUGGUCGCUGGAAGAUGGAUCCCUGCUACACAAUCUCGAAGGUCACACUUCCCUGGUUGGUCUACUUUCUUUGCAGAGUGAUUACCUCGUCUCUGCCGCGGCAGACUCCACUCUCCGCAUCUGGGAUCCCGAACACGGCCACUGCAAGAACAUGUUGAGCGCACACACUGGUGCUAUCACUUGCUUCCAGCACGAUGGGCAAAAGGUGAUCUCCGGCUCGGAUCGAACCUUGAAGAUGUGGGAUGUUAGCACUGGUGCGUGCGUCCGAGAUCUUCUCACCGAUUUGAGUGGAGUCUGGCAGGUCAAGUUCAAUGACCGACGUUGCGUUGCUGCUGUACAGCGCGACAGUCUGACGUAUAUCGAGGUCCUUGAUUUUGGUGCCGCACGGGAUGGUGUCCCCGAAAAUAAACUCGGCAAACGUAUUGUCGUCAAUCGUCGCGGACGAGAGAUUGCCACCAGCAACGUGGAUUCCGACUCGGACUCGGACUGAGUCCACUAUAAUUUGUGGCAAUCUUCCAGCCACGGCACUCAAAUGCCAGUACUGGCCCUUUUGUCUCCUUAUUCUGUCCAUCUGUCCACGUAUCUUUUGUGUCUCCUUUGAUUCCCUAUUCCCCCAACAAGCCCGCUUCUCUCCAUUACACUCUAUACACGAUACCCUUUCCUUCCGGCUCUAGUCUCUUCCCUUGAAAACAACCCUUGCAUAGCGCGGUCGGCAUUAUUUGGUCAUCCAGCAUUACGAUGGGGGACUGGCGUUAAGACUUUUCCUGAGUUCAAUUUUCAUUAUCAUCAUACUUGAUUUGUGUUCUCGCUUUCUCGCAAGGGGGGGGG